AUGGAUAACCCUACUGAAGACAAUGAGCCUCAGCAUAAGGAGAAGCCGGCUGAUUCCCCUGCAGCACCACAAGCCUCAAAAGAGGAGGCAGAGUCACCGGAAAACCUAAAGAAGCCCCCUGAGAAAGAUCCAGUCACAAAGAUCCAGGCCUGGUGGCGGGGCACACUGGUACGUCGGGUGCUGCUGCAUGCAGCCCUCAGGGCCUGGAUUAUCCAGGGCUGGUGGCGGCUGAUACUGUCCAGGCUUUUGGAGAAGAGGCGGCAGGCAGCAUUGGAGAAUUUUUCACGGGAGGAGUGGGCAGCGGUCAGGCUGCAGUCCUGGGCUCGCAUGUGGCGCAUCCGCCGGCGCUACUGCCAGGUGCUCAAUGCUGCCUGCAUCAUCCAGGCCUACUGGAGGUGCCACUCCUGCUCAUCCCGGGGUCUCAUCAAGGGCCACUACAAAGUCACGGCCAGCCAGCUGCAUCUUGAGCUGGAGAUCUUGCUGGGCUCAGGGCCUUGCAUUGUGACAGAGUGUAUUCCCCUCCCAAUAAAGCAGUGA